ACUUGGUGCCUACUACAAAAAAUAACAAAAUCCUCUUUUAUCUGCUCCACUCUCACUCACCUUCUCUCAUUCUAUAAACCUCUACCUUACCUUACCCACUUCAUCAUACGCAAAUAUACAACCACCCCUUUUGGUUCUUCGUAUUUAAAUUGUCAAACCUACAAUGAAGGAAUCGGAGGCAUGCAACUGGUCACAAGGGUUCGAAGAUGAUCUUCUGAGAGAGCUUCUUUAUGACGAAUCCCCAUAUGUUUUGUCGCCUCAAGAAAUCGCUGGUGAUCCAGAUAAUUACUCGGUAAACAAAUUGAUAUCAAGCAUAUACUCUGGGCCCACAAUAACGGAUAUUGGAAAAGCAUUAGUGGCUUCAAGUUAUACAAAUAAUACUCCCGAGCUGUCGGCAUUAACCAGAAUUUCAGAUAUGGAGAGAGGAGUGUCCAGGGUUGAGAACAAGUAUGUACUGAAAGUAAAAUGUAGUGGAAAUGUAAUGGCCGAUGAUGGUUAUAAAUGGAGAAAGUAUGGUCAGAAGUCUAUUAAGAACAGCUCUAACCCCAGGAGCUAUUAUAAAUGCACCAACCCACGUUGCGGUGCAAAAAAGCAAGUUGAGCGAUCGAAUGAUGACCCUGAUACAUUAAUCAUCACUUAUGAAGGACUUCACCUUCACUACAUGUACCCAUUUUUCAUGUUUGGACAAUCAGAUAAUCCUGACCCACCUACUAAGAAGUUUAGAACGCUCAAUUUUGAGCAAGAUGCACAUCAAAACUAUCAACAACCAACCAAGGACAUGGAUGAAAACACAAGACAUUUUUGUCUUGAUCACCAACCACCAACCAUGAUAAAAGAUUUUCAAGAAGAAUCAAUUGAUCAAGAAGUAGCAAUAUGUUCACAAGGACUGCUUGAGGACAUGGUGCCAUUAGUCAUCCGGAAUCCUAUGAUUUACACAACAAAUUCAUCGACAUCUUGUUCUUCCUCUUCCUCUCAUCCUUCUCCACCGGCUUCCCCUUCGUUUUCAUGGUCCCCUAAAUACUGAUGCUACAACAUAGUGUGUAAUAGAUAAUAUAUGACAUGUAUGCAAUAACCGAAGUUGUCAUUUAAAAGUGUUAAGUGCCUUUAUUUUCCAUAUAAAUAUAAUAAUGAUUUUGAUCGUAUAAACUAAUAAU